CACUGAUGUCAUCACCAGUGUGCGACGACAGCACAGAGUUUAUAUGAGUUCUCCACAGAGAGGUAAACGAUGGCAACAACUUUAAAACAAGCCUUAAAAACUCACUUUGGGUUUGACAACUUUCGGUCUAAAAUACAGGAAGAUGUUGUCAGAGCCGUCGUCAAAGGUGAUAAGGAUGUGUUUGUAUGCAUGCCCACUGGAGCAGGGAAGUCGCUCUGCUACCAGCUGCCUGCGGUGCUGGCUCCGGGUAUUACUCUGGUUAUAUCCCCGCUGAUUGCUCUCAUUCAGGACCAAGUGGACCGCCUGAAAAGUCUGAACAUCCCCGCCUGUACCAUCAACUCCAAGCUCCCAGUAGGUGAGCGCCGGCUGAUCCUGGCUGAUUUAGGGAGCAGCAGUCCUAAGCUCAAGCUGCUCUACAUCACUCCGGAGAUGGUUGCCUCUCCUUCGUUCAGUCCCUGCCUGACGGACCUGUGUACCCGUGGCCUGCUGUCUUAUCUGGCUGUGGAUGAGGCUCACUGCGUCUCUCAGUGGGGGCACGAUUUUAGGCCGGACUACCUCAAACUGGGGAAUCUGCGAAAACGCUUGAAGGGGGUUCCCUGUUUGGCCCUGACCGCGACAGCACCGAAGAAUGUACAAGAGGACAUUCUUCAGUCCCUGGCUAUGCGCACACCGCUGUCUUUUGUUACACCUGUCUUCCGCAGUAACUUGCACUACGAUGUGAUCUUCAGGGAGCUGCUGCCAAACCCUUAUGCCCACCUCCACGCCUUCAUUCAGAAAGCGCUAGCCCUGGACAGCGGCUCUAAACGACAGGGCUGUGGGAUUGUGUACUGUCGGACCAGGGAAAGCUGUGAAGCAGUGGCUCACCAGCUGACCAAGCUCGGAGUCUCGGCCAAACCUUAUCAUGCAGGUCUGAAGACAGGAGAUCGCACGGAGGCCCAGAACGAGUGGAUGGAAGGGAAGGUGCUGGUUAUUGUAGCCACCAUCAGCUUUGGUAUGGGUGUGGACAAGGCCAGUGUCAGGUUUGUAGCUCACUGGAACUUUGCAAAGUCCCUGGCCAGCUACUACCAAGAGUCAGGGCGAGCCGGGAGAGACGGCCUGCCCUCCUCCUGCCGCAUUUACUACUCUGCCAAAGAUAAGGAGCAACUGAACUUCCUCAUCCGCAAAGAGAUUUCCCGCAAACAGGCGAAAAAUGGAACCGCAAAGGAGACGGACAAAGCAGCCAUCACAGACUUUGACGCCAUGGUGUCGUACUGUGUUCAGGAAGCUUGUCGCCAUGCCACCAUCUCCAAGUUCUUUGGGGACAAGACGCCAAAUUGUGCCGGUGCCUGCGACUUCUGUUGUAAUCCCAAAUUGGUGCGCGCCCAGCUGGAGAGAGCGAGUUCCCUCAGCACCCAGACCCAAGCUCAGAGCAGUCAGCCCUCAGGACCCUUCGGUUUCCUGCAGGGCUUCUACGAAGGAGGAAAGAAGGGCUAUGGCUUUGAAAGGUUUGAUGAAGAGGAAGCGGAGGGUGCUGAAGACGAUGGCUCAGCAAGGAAAAAGGAAUUUACUGACCUCUACAAGAAGCAGAUGACCAUGCGGAAGGGGAUGAACCGUCAGCGGGAAGGCUUUGUCUCUCCAGAUGCUGACUGCCCACUGAGAGACGGCAGCAGUCAGAGGAUCCCCAGACUCACUGUAAAGGCCCGAGAGCACUGUCUGAGCCUCUUGCAGGAAGCAUUAUACAGCCACCAGAGAGCAGAUGACACAUUCAAUGACACCGUGUCUUUAGCGGUGGAAAUUGAACAUACGGUCUUCAAGAGCAGCAAGUCCUCCAACUUGUACAAAGCCGCCGUCCUGAAGAGGGUAUCAGAGCUGAAGAGGACAGGACCUGGAGAAAAAGGAGAAUACGUCAAGACGGACAGCGGCAGUGAAUCCACGGAAAAUGAGUCAAAACUCAAAGAGGAAACACCGUCGUCGUCGUCUGCCUCCUUUGCAGAGGAGCUGCAGGGGUUCACAUCUGCAUCGGAAAUGUACUCCAUGAAGCGUAAGAGAGUAGGAGCAGGCCUGAGGGGAUCGUCCAACCCCUUCAUGACGGCUAAGGAACUCCUGAAGACCUCCAACUCGGACACGGGGUCUAACAGUGAAAGCGGCGGGUUUAACAACGACAGCUCAGGGGGAUCUGGAGAGACAAACAAGGACGCGUGUUUGGCCGUAACGUCGUCCAUCAGAGCCAAAGCGAUGGCCGUCGCCGCCUCCCUGAGCAGCCCCACGAAGGCAGGAAGAGCCAUGAGCAAGAAGCAGCAGAAGCUAGCGGAGGCAGCAAAGAGCUCCCGCAACAUCUUCCAGUACUUUGCAAAGAAAGCACCUGAUGAUGCUACGUUAUAUCAAAACAUCGAAGAGGACGAUCAGGAAAUCGAUCCACCUAUUGUCAUUGUGGAAGAUGCGGAGAUGAGUCCUGAAGAAGAAGUAAUAGUCAUAUCGGAUAGUGCAGACGAGGAGGAAACGCAUAAAACAGAGACGUUAGAGGGGAAGUGGUUUCAGUACUCAUCCACAGAGGAUCUGACGACUCCUGCAGGACAAGAGGAAACGCAGGAAGAGGAUGAAGAAGCUGUGACAGAAGAGGUGACGGAUGAUGUGACGUCGCGGAAAGCGUCCUCUCCUCUUAUGGAGAGCUUUCACCCUUUGGAGAGAAGACAAAAGGAAACAUGGGAAGAUGAUGACCCUGUUCUGACAGAAGAGGUGACAGAUAAGGUGACCGUGCAAAGAGCAUUCUCUCCUCCGGCAAAACGCAUUCACCCCUUGGAGAGAAGACGAAAGGAAACAUGGGAAGAGGAUGAACCUGCUCCGACAGAAGAGGUGACAGAUAAGGUGUCGGUGCAAAAAGCGUCCUCUCCUCCGGCGAAGCGCAGUCGCCCCUCAGAGAAAAGAGUGACCUUUAACCUCAACAUGCAGGAGCGUGCAAUGAUCUCAGCCAACGAGCCACCUGAACCGGUGACGCUGAAGGAAGCAGCGGACAUCGUGGUCCGAUACCUCGACCCGUUUUACUCUCAGAGAAAGUUUGCCACAAAGGAGCUGUUUAAGUCCUUUGCACGCUUCUUAUCUCACCUCCUCACCGAGGGGAGGAGUCGAGGGAAAGGGCAAGUUAAAGCCGAAGCCAAAACUCUCAUCAAGAAGUUCUUCAUCAAAGUGCAGCACUGUAAGAGCGAGGCGGACUGGAUGCACCUCAGAAAGACGCAGAGCUGUAAAACCACAGAGAACCAGGAGUGAUGGGAAGUGUAAAUAUUGCCGUUCCUCUUUUUCAGUGCCUAGGCGAACUCAGUAUUAACCCUGGAUGCCUGCGGGGAAAAAAAUAAUUUGCUGCUAGAGUUCUGUUUGUCAGGCUUUGUGUCGAUAAUUAAGCAAUACCAUGACUGUUACACACUGACAGAGCGUUGUUGUACUGUGUGCACACUGAUAUGAGGAGUUUUGUUUAUGUUUCGAAAAGGUGUGUACAUUUCAUAUGUCUGGAGUGCAAAGUAUGUUGUAAUCAAUGUUCUUUAGGCAGCGAUUAUCCUUUAUAUGUUUAACCACAGUGUGGCACUUCUAUAUCCAGUCCAUUAUAUCACACUUAAAUCUCCAGUAAAAUAUGUGUCUGCAAGUUCAUACUUAAGGGAUUAAAACCAAAGGGCUCUUGGAAUAAACAAGAGCCAUGUGCUAACAUGCGGCUGGGAAAAAAAAAUCACGGGAUCAACAAAUGUAUAAUGGUUCGUCCUCCUGGGACAAUGGAAGUAAAGACACUUGCAUGACAAUUUAUCCAAUUGUUGUUGUUGAAAUAUUUCAGUGUAGAAAAUGGCAGACUUAGCAACGGACAGUAUGGCUAGAAACACCUUUUGGAAAUGGCUGACAGUAAUGUCAAGAAAUGCACACUUGGAAGUAAUUGGGCACAAACGUACAAACACACUGGAUUUCUGUUUAUAUUUGAAAAAAAAAGUUUGUUCUAUUUUUGGAGGCCUAUUAUUCCUGCUGCUACAUAUGGUGUGAAUGGACAGUAACGAUAUGAAACUCUCCCGUUGUGUUUUUAUGUUCUUGAUUCAACGACAAACCAAAUGUUUUUAUUUUUUGUUGUGUCUUUAAGCAAAGGAAGAUUUUGUUUGUGGUUAUGUUGUUCCCAAUAAGGGAAAUAUUCCUUGGUUGUAGUGCCUGUCAGUCAGUCUGUCAGUCUGUCUGUCUGUCUGUUUGUCAGGACUCCACAGUCAGGAGGCCCAGAGAGGACAGGAAGCACUAAUGGACAGAGGCCUGGCUGUGCAGGGUGAACAGCCUCAGUCUGUGUCCUCUCUGCUCCUAAAUGUUUACAAUAAAUUCCAUGCUGAAAAGGACUAACCUCCGUG